GCCGCAGCCCGCAUCUGCCACCGCAGUCCGCCAGGCGUCGGCGGCGCUCCUACACGAGAGGCCCAGCGCGGCCGGCACAGAGCGAGGCCGAGUCCGCGGCGCGAGCCGCUUGUGCACAAAGCCGCGCGCGGGGAGCGGCCACCCCCAGGGCUGCGUGGCCGCUGCUUGGCGCGCCCUAUGCCCCCGCGCCCCCGCCGCGGCAUCCCAAGCGCAGCGUCCCAGCGCGCCGCCGCGGGGCCCGGGCGCAGCUAGCGACCCCCGCCAGAGCCAGCGAGCGAGCGAUCGCGGAGCGGCGAGCCGGGGCCCGCGGCUCCAUGGCGGCCAUCCGCAAGAAGCUGGUGGUGGUGGGCGACGGCGCGUGCGGCAAGACGUGCCUGCUGAUCGUGUUCAGCAAGGACGAGUUCCCUGAGGUGUACGUGCCCACUGUCUUCGAGAACUAUGUGGCCGACAUCGAGGUGGACGGCAAGCAGGUGGAGCUGGCGCUGUGGGACACGGCGGGCCAGGAGGACUAUGACCGCCUGCGGCCACUCUCCUACCCCGACACCGACGUCAUCCUCAUGUGCUUCUCGGUGGACAGCCCGGACUCGCUGGAGAACAUCCCCGAGAAGUGGGUGCCCGAGGUGAAGCACUUCUGCCCCAACGUGCCCAUCAUCCUGGUGGCUAACAAGAAGGACCUGCGCAGCGACGAGCACGUCCGCACCGAGCUGGCGCGCAUGAAGCAGGAGCCCGUGCGCACGGACGACGGCCGCGCCAUGGCCGUGCGCAUCCAGGCCUACGACUACCUCGAGUGCUCGGCCAAGACCAAGGAGGGCGUGCGCGAGGUCUUCGAGACGGCCACGCGCGCCGCGCUGCAGAAGCGCUACGGCUCCCAGAACGGCUGCAUCAACUGCUGCAAAGUGCUAUGAGGCCGCGCCUGCCCGCCUGCCCUGCCCCCGCGAGCCCGGGGUAGGGGAGAGUCACACCCUGGGGCCCCACCGCACUGCCUGGCGUCUGUGGGCGGCCCAGGCCGCGAUCUGCUGUUGCACGGUGGACUGGCGUGGGCGUCGGGCGCCCCCUUCCCUGAGUCUGCGUCCGGCUGUGCUGCACAGGCCCGGGCGACCCACCGAGUGCCAAGGGGUUCCCGAGCAUCCUUUCUGAAGAGCCAGGCCUCGAGUGUGUGGCCGCGUGUGCGUUCGACUCCCCCGCUCAUUUGUUUUUACCCCACCUCCGCCGCUGGUCCCAGGGGCGCGAGGGGUGCCGACGCGUAGCCGCGCCCCAUCCGCGCCCCAUCCGAUGUCGCCUGUAACCAGCGAGCGUGUGCUGUCCCCUGCCUGUAACAUAGACCCAGGGAACUGCGGGAGGGAGGGCUGGGGAGGAGGGGAGGGUGUUACAUAAAUAUAGAUAUAAUUUUAUUUUCGGAGGUAAGAUGGUGGUGUUUAAUGGUGGUGGCGAUGGGAGUGAGCAGAGCGCCACAGAAGCCCCGGCCCGGGGUGGAUCAGGCGCCCAUCCAAGCAUGAACCGGACUUGGCUGUCUUUCCGACCCCUGGGGCUGAGGACGCGCUCCCGGGAGCAGCCCCCAGCGAACCCCUCACUUGCCUGUGGCCUGCAGGCGCUGCCGGGUUGAUUUUUGCCAUAGCGAACUUCCGUGCCUGUCCUACAAGUGGAAAUUGUUGGGUCUAAGAAACUGUUCCUUGAUUUAUUUAAAGGCUAAAAACUUUUUGUUGUUGAAAGAAUUCUUUGCACAAUUGUUUCAUUGUCUGACACUUAAUGCGCUUGUCAUUUGCAUAAGACAGUCGCAUUCUGACCACACUUGUAUGCUGUAACCUCAUCUACUUCUGAUGUUUUUUUUUAAUGAUGACUUUUAAAACAAAGGGGAAAAACCCACUGAUUUUUGCUUUGUUUUCUUGAAAAAAAAAAAAAAAAGGGACAACACUGUUUUGUGAAUUUUUAUUGUCCUCUGGGUAAAGGAAGGUAACAAGUAUUGGGGUCUAUUUAAAACUUUUUUCACAAGGCAGUCUCUACAGCUCUGUAAAAUUUUCUCUGCAUCUUAGUUCAGAGAGUAGACCUCCCCGCUUCCUUUAUCCUCCCCCUCUCCCAGCCCAGUGGUACUUCUACUAAAUUGUUGUCUUGUUUUUUUUAUUUUUUAAAUAAACUGACAAAUGACAAAGUGAUGAGCUUAUGAUGUUUACAUAAAAGUUCUAUAAGCUGUGUAUACAGUUUUUUAUGUAAAAUAUUAAAAGACUAUGAUGAUGACAUUUA